CAUAGGAGGCACAGAGUGCAGGCUGAAGCGCGCCCUCGGGAGCUGCGCGCAACAGAUGUCUGCUGAGAUCUGAGUGGAGAGGAGGGCGCCAAAUAGGAAGGACGGCAGAUGUGCGUCUGACAACAAACCAGGAACCACUGCACUCGUCCUCCUCUGUAUACCCACCUAUGAGUCCUUGACCUGUCGGCCCUUUUCUCAUUCAGGCCGAAGAUCCCAGUAACAGGACGAGGACACAAAGUCUGACAGUAAGAUCCAGAGCUGUCCUAGCUCAGCUAGCUAACUGGAGCUAAGCUAAGCUGGCCAGCCCUACUUUUUUAUGUUGGAGUUAACUUUAUGAGCAAAUAUCAGUGCGCCUGGUAUUUGGCUUCAUUUCUUGUUGUGCCACAGCAAAAACAAACAUGGAGGCAAACGGUGUGAGCAUAUGGCCACGCAUGGAACCGUUCCUACUUGGUGCCCUACAGGUGGCACCAUCCUCCAAGCUAAACCUACACUAUCUUCGAAAGAUGGCUAUCUACGUGCGAACAAGGAAUGGCUGCUUCCCCAUCCUGAGCUGGCCCAUGUGGAGGCAUAUCGCCUGUGGAAAGUUGCAGCUUCCAGAAGACCUUGCGUGGCUCUACUUUGAGACCUAUGACCUUCUGAUAGGUCAUACACCAGAGGAGAGGCUGGAGUGGGCUGAGUGUCUUUCCCAGUGUUCUACUAAAAGUGAGCUGGACCAGCAGAGGAACAAGUUGUCUGUGGACACUCUGCAGUUUCUCCUUUUCCUCUACAUUCAGCAGCUGAACCGCGUGUCUCUGCGCACCUCUCUGAUUGGGGAAGAGUGGCCCAGCCAUCGCACUCGCUCCCCGUCUCCAUCAGACAGAGAGUCCAAGACUAGCUAUCAGAACAAGAAUUGGGACGAUCAGGCUCACCUGUCCUUCGUGCAAAGCCAUCUGGCAGAGAUUUUGGAGCUGCUAGUGGAGCCUGGUCAACUGUCGCAAUCUGGACAGGCCCUAAGAGACUGCCAGGUAUCCCUGGACGCUGUGCGGAGCUUGGGUCUGCUUCUGGAGGGCUCAGUUUGCCAAGGAAAAGCUGUUCAGCCCAUUCACCGGCUGCUGACCAAAGGUCCACUCCAAACACAAGCUGGCAACUCCUCGCUCACCCGUUCCUUCCCCCUGCACAAUCUCCUCUCCUGCCUCCAGCGCAGCCUCACUCUGAAUCCCUUUGGAAUAACUGCCUGUCUCCAUUCGGGCAAGAAGCUCGCUUGGGCUCAGCAAGUGGAAGGGGCCAUGAAGAGAGCCAAGAUAGCCAGGAACACCCACAUGGCACCACCUGGUAGUAAAAUGGUGCUGAUGUCCCAAGUCUUAAAACAGACCCUGGCUAAAACUUCAGACAAGCUGACUGGUGCCAACAUUAAAAUCCAUAGAUGUGCUGAUGCCUUCAUAUACCUUCUCUCACCUCUCAGAUCAGUCAGUGUGGACAAAUGCCGUGACAGCACUGUGGUUCUGGGUCCCGUUGAGACCAGCGUCCACAUCCACAGCUGCCAGAAUGUGCGGGUGGUGUGCAUGGCCGGCCGAAUUGUUAUUGGAACUUCCUCACAUUGCACCAUCCAUGCCCUUACGCCCACACGCCCGUUGCUACUGCCGGGAAACACGGACAUUACUCUAGGUCCUUUCCACACUUUCUACCCUUCCUUGGAGGAUCACAUGGCCAGCGUGGGGCUGGCGGUUGUCCCUAAUCUCUGGGAUCAGCCCUUACUUCUGGUGACCGAGGGCCUUGCCAGCCACUCACUCAAUACGUUGUCCAGCCCAGACCCCUCCUGCUACCGCUUGCUGCCACCAUCAGAGUUCCACACACUGGUCGUGCCUUUUCAGAUGGAGGGAGACACAUGUGAGGUGCCCGGUGGUCUGCCUCCUUCAUACCAGGCAGCUCUGGACGAAAAGAAGAGGAGGAUACAGAACUGGCAGAAGACUGUGAUAGAGGCCCGGCUGAGCAAGGAGCAGAAGCAACAGUUCCAGGAAUUGGUGGAAAUGAAGUUUCAUGAGUGGCUUCUGGAAACGGGUCACAGGCAGGAACUGGACAGCCUAAUCCCACCCACAAUCGCCUCUGUAAAGGACUCUGAUGGGGCAGCAGCAGACACCAACCAAGUGAAUGAUCCCAAACAUAUGAGGACUGGACAGGCAGUGGGGCAAUCAUCCAUGGCGUGUUGAAUUUUACUGUUUGCUUUUUUUGCCAGCAGAAUAAUUGCACCUGUAAAUUAAGGCAGCAUGGCCGUUUGCACAUGCAGGUUACAUAUGGUCUUCUUCUCACACGGUGCUGCUGUGAGUUCUUGCUGCUGGUUAAGCUUUUCCAGCAGCUUACAGUUGUGUCCAAGUUCACAGUUCCUUCUUGAGAAAAGGCAGCUAAAUGUUUGACAUGUCUAAAGUGGGAGUGAAUUGGCUUGUUAUCAAACAACAUCAUGUGCCACACACACUCUGUAAAGAUGAGGCAUGUGUGAAGUCGCCACAUGCUUUAAAGAGACAUUUUCCUGCUUAUUGUCUUCGUCAGAGUGAGGAUGAGGAGGAACAAACUAGGCACAACGAUUAACUGUGAUUGACAGUCGAGUAAAUAGACCCUGACACAUUGUUUUCAAGCAGUCAGUCUGUUUUUCAAACAUAAUUUGGUACCAACUGUCCAUCCAGUGUGUAGGUGAACUUUGUGUUGCAAUAGAGAAACCAAAACCUGUUUGAAUUCAUUUGAUAGACAGCUUUCAGGUGCUGAAUUAUGGGUAACUGUGGUUCAGUGUGGUCAUGGACUAUGAAUGAUUAAUAGGAUAGCAGAAAGCUAUGGUUUUUAAGCUAGCUAACUGAAACAGAGCCUAGAUAUGUUGAACUUGCUUCCUAUCACAGCCCUCUGGAGACCCUGUCGUCUCUUCCAUGCACCUACUGACGCCGAAUCUUCUCAAACAGACCUCGUAUACAAGUUUUCUGAGGGAACCUGCUGAGCAUUUAAAGAUGUAGAUGGAGGAUGGAUGGAUGUAGAUGCUGAACAUUUUAAGCACUUCGAAUCUAAAGGGGCAUGUUAGUACCUAGAUCGUAAUAGUAUUAUUUUUUAGAAUAUUAAUAAAGCAUUUUCGUGCGUGUGUGUGUGUGUAUAACCCGUUACUCACAUGCUGCUAAUAGCUGUAGUGACGCUGUUUUGUGUGCUCGAGUUUGCUCUCACAUGACAGUGCAGCUGCUGCAGAGUCGUGCUUGAAUUUCUGCAGUACAACAGAACAAGCUAAUCUGCUGUUCCAGCUGAGGCAGGAUUUAAUAAACUGGUGACCAGUUUUCCAAGAAAACUUAAAUGUAUAUUUAUUUUUGAAUAAAGAUGUCGAUUUUUAGCACUGAAUAAUAAUUAUUUUUCAUAAAUCUACUUUACCUCUAGAAUAACUGUUAGCAGUGAAUACCUCCAAGUGUACUUCAGGCAGUUAGCUUCCUCUUUCCACAUAUACUUUACGGCACACUGAAUUUUGCCUUCUAUACAAAAUAUGAUGUAAAUUAUACACAGAAGGCCUGCUUGAAAUCAUCAGGGCAGCACUGUAUUGGAAAUAGCAAAUGAAGGGAAUAUGUGCUUAAAACAGUUUCAGGAUGAACCGAUUCAUGCUGUAAACGCCUUAAUGCUGUUGUUUACUAAAAAAUGGUCCUGUUAAUUUGAUGCACAGCUCUGUGCAAGAGCACCAAGUCAUUUUUAAUUGUUAAAAACUGAAAUAAAGGUUUUGACUACAACCGGG